AUGAAACUUCAGCUCCAACUUCUUCACUUUGUGGUUACUGCUGCCUUCUACAAUGCUGCUCUUGCAGAAAUCGUGGGCUACGUGGCUUUCAAUGACAGCUCCAUGUGCGUUGUUUAUGAAGCCAUGCCUGCGUACUAUGGGCCACGACUCCCUGCAGAAGGACUGACGGGAUAUUUGACGAGAGUGAUACCAGCAAAUGCUUGCAGUCCAAUAGAGAAUCCUCCAGCAUCAAGAACAUCCUCCAAGACAUAUAUUGCACUCAUACAAAGCUCUGACUGCUCUUUUGUCAAGAAGGUCCUUCAUGCCCAGGAGGCUGGAUACCAAGCUGCUCUUGUGUACAGUGUAGAUUCAGAGCAACUGGUUGCCGUGAUGAGUGAUAACAAAGAAAUCCAGCAACUGAUCAAGAUACCAUCAUUCUUCACUGGACAAUCUGUCUCCCUCCACUUGCAAAGGGCUUUGCAAUGCAAGGAAGAGGAGAACAUCAGACUUCUACCACCCAAACACUAUUUGAGUCUUUGUCAAGACAAUGCUAAAAAGCUUCAGGAAACUUCCACCACGCAGGAUUUCAGGGACCUAUUCUAUGUCGUUGUUGCCACAAUCUCAGUUGUGGUUGGCUUAAGCUGGUACGAGAAAGCUUGCAAGCUAAAGCUUCACACAUACAAGCAGGGAGACGAAUAUGAGUCCUGUGUGAUCUGCAUGGUGGAGUACAAGGAAGGGGACUGCCUGAAGAUCCUGCCCUGUUCUCAUGCUUACCACAGUGGCUGCAUUGACUCCUGGUUCUGCACCCAGCCCCGGAAGAAGACAUGUCCCUUCUGCAAGCAGGUGGUGAACACCUAUGGGCAAGUUGACCUCCUGCCAGAGCAGGCUGGUGAAGAUGAGAAUGAGGAGGAAGAGGACCAUGAAGACCAUGCAUUCAGAGAAGGGCAUGAAGGUGAAUAUGUUGAAGAGGAUAAAGGUCAUUCAAGUGUAGUAGAAGAGGAAGAGUUUGGUCCACUGGAGAAUGGCAUCUUUGCUGUGACUGGGAUAAAUUAUCAUUAA